UAAUUAUUAUUUGAUAAAUAUGCAAUAAUGUACAUAAUGUAUAAUUUAAGUAUAAGUUUCAAUUGAAACAUAAUCAAGGUAAAAGAGAUGUGAAUACUGGAAAUAUUUAAUAGAUCAAUUUUAAUAGUCUCGAUCAUAAUACAAGUAAUUUCUUUCAAAUUUAUAAACGUACGAGAUUUUAAAAAAUGCAAUGGAAGGUAACAUUAUUGAAAAGGGUAUAAUAAAACAAAUCUAUCUUGAAAAUUUUGUAACUUAUAACCAGGUUAUCAUCAAACCUGGAAGAAAUUUGAAUUUAAUCAUUGGUCCUAAUGGCACUGGAAAAUCAACAAUUGUAUGUGCAAUUGUACUUGGCUUAGGAGGUAAACCUAACAUUAUUGGUAGAGCAUUAUAUGUUAAGGAUUAUGUCAAGAAUGGUUGCAAUGAAGCAAAAAUAGAGAUACAAUUGAAGGAGAAUUGUACAAAAUUUGUGACAAUUACAAGAAUAUUUAAUACGUCUGGGAAAACAUUUUGGUUGUUAAAUGGACAAUCCAGCAACUAUGCAGAUAUACUAGAAAUAACACAUAGUUUUAAUAUUCAGGUAGAUAAUCUAUGUCAAUUUCUUCCACAAGAUAAAGUUCAUGAUUUUUCAAAAAUGAAUGCCCAAGAAUUAUUAGAAAACACAGAAAGAUCUGUUGGAAAUCCGAUAUUAUUAGAAUACCAUAUGAAAUUGAAAGAAUAUCGUAGUGAACUUAAAGAGUUAGAAUCAAGAAUAUUAACUAAACAACGCAUAUUAGAAACUAAAUCACAACAAUAUGAACAUUUAAAGGGAAUUGUAAGUACUAUCAAAGAAAAAAAAGCAAUAAAGAACAAAAUUAUAACUUUAAAACAGAAGAAAACUUGGAUGUUAUACGAUCAAAAGAGAAAGCGUUUGGUUGAAGCAAAAAAGAAUAGAGAUGUAGCUGAGAAUAAGGUGAAAUCUUUAGAAGCCAAACUUAUGCCCCUAAAAAAUAUGAUACAGAAAAUACAAUCGGAUAUUAACAUGCAGCAAAAUAUAAUAAAUGAAUAUAAUAAAAAUAAAAUCAUUGAAAAAUCAUCUAAAGCUAAUGAAGUAAUGAUUAACAUUCUUAAAGUUGAAAACGAAAUUAAAGAAAGUGAAAAUGAAUGUUCAGGUAGGAUACAAGCAGAACAAAAUCGCAAUCAGGAUAUAAAUCUUGCACAGCAGCAAAAAAGCAAAUUAGAUAACGAUUUAAGUCUAAUGAUUAAAGAUAUUGGUUCAGAAGAAUCAUUAGAAAUAAAACAAAGAGAAAUUUUGGCAUGCUUGGAAAAACAAAAAGAUGUUAAUAUUAAAUUGGCAAAUCAGAUGACCACUUGUAAACAUGAGUAUGAACGAAUUGAACGAGAAAUUAGAACUUUAACAGAAGAACAGAAAUCCAUUAAAAUUGAGGCAAAGCGACUAGAGCUUUUAAGACAGAGAAGUCCUGAUUCAUAUAAAGGUGUACUUUGGUUGCGUGAAAAUCAAGAUAAAUUUCGGGGAAAAAUAUAUGAACCCAUGCUAACAUUGAUUAAUGUCAAAGAUAUUACAUAUUCCAAAUAUUUAGAAAGGAUUAUUUCUCUUAGAGAUUUACUGGCAUUUGCUUGCGAAAAUAAGGAGGAUAUGAACUUAUUAACAAAAUGUUUGAGAGAUCAACAAAAUUUACAAGUUAACAUAGUACACGCCGAUUCUGAGAAAAAAAUUUACUUAAACCCGAAUAUACCGUUAAAAAAUAUCAGAAGAUUUGGUUUCAAGCAUUAUCUAGCUUCGCUCUUCGAUGCACCGCCUGCUAUAAUGAAAUAUCUAGUAUCAUCAUAUAAUUUGAACAAUAUUCCAAUUGGAUCAUGUGCUGUAGAAGAAAAUGUGGAACAUAUACCGCAUAGUUUAACUUGUUAUUUUAGCGAGGAUCAUAUAUAUUCUGUGAAUAUGUCUAAAUAUACUGGUCAAAAAUCGAUUAAAAAGAUACAAAUAUCUGGAAAUGGAAUAUUAUCGAUAGUAUUAGAUACAAAUAAAUUACAACAAAUGGAAAAUAGGUUGAAAGAUCUUAAGGAGAAAAAAGAAGAAAUGUUAAGUAAGAUAAAGGAAAUGGAUGAAGUUCUAAUUAUAGAGACUAAAAAAUUAGAUAAAUAUCGUGAAGAUCGAACAAAAUAUCAACAAAACAUACAACAAAUUCAAGUUCUUAAAAAUAGAAUAUCUAUAGUUAGUAAAAAAAUCGAAAAUUUAGAAAAUGAACGAACGAGUAAAGAAGACAUUAUAGCGACUUAUAAUAAGCAUAUUCAGGAAAUUGUAAAUAAGCAGUUCGAUAAAUACAAAGAAUAUAAUUUAUUAUUAGGAGAUUGUUUGAAAUAUUCAACAAUGAUUGAACAAGCCAAGUUAACAUUACAUUUGUAUAAACAGAUUUUAUUACAUACGGAAAAUGAUAGCCACGAUUUGAAACAAGAAUUAGAAUCAGCGGAUAAAACAUUCAAAGAAUUAGAAUUAGAAUACAAACCUUUAAAACAAGAAGCCAUUAAAGCAUUUAAUGAAGCAAAAGAUCUUACUAAUGGUAUUAGUCCGCAAGAUGAGGCAUUCAAACUUAUAAACCAAGCAUUUAGUAAAUUACCACUCACAAUUGAAGAAAUAGAUAAGGAAAUAGCUGUAGCGCAAACCAAAGUAUUUUGUAUGAAACAAAGUUUUGAUGCUGAAAUUAUAUUUCGGGAAUUUGAAGAAUUAGAAUCGGUCAUAAAUGAUUUACAAGAAGCCACAGAAAGGGAAAAAUUAAGAUUGGAAUCUAUUACGAAAGAUGUUAUUAUAUUACGAGAAAAAUGGUUACCACCUUUGAAAAAAUUAAUUGAACAUAUAAAUGUGAAUUUUAGUUCAUAUUUUUCAGAAAUGAAAUGCGCUGGAGAAGUUACCUUGUCUCAUGGAGAUAAUAUGAUGGACUUUGAUCAGUAUGGUUUGAAAAUUCGAGUAAAAUUCCGAGAUACAGAUGAACUGCAGGAAUUGACUAGACACCAUCAAAGUGGUGGGGAAAGAUCAUUAACUACUGCUAUUUAUAUGAUUUCUUUGCAAGAAUUAUCUAGAGUACCUUUUCGUUGUGUCGAUGAAAUCAAUCAGGGAAUGGAUGCAAUUAACGAAAGAAAAGUUUUUGAAUUAUUGGUUAAAAUAACAGGAAGGCCAGGUAGUUCUCAAUAUUUUUUAUUGACACCGAAAUUAUUACCGGAUCUCUCAUAUUUUCAAACUGUAACCGUACAUUGUGUUUUUAAUGGUCCAUUUAUGAUAUCAAAUUCAGAAUUUGAUGUAGAAAAGUAUUACAGAGAUAUGGCACAACGUAGAUUAAAUUAUAAUUAGUUUUUUAUAAACUUAUGCGUAUUUAUUACAAAUAGAUAAGUGUAUGGUUAAUUUUAAU